GUUUAUAUGUAUAUGUGACAUUAAAGAAACACCUCGGAAUUAUAAACAAAGUUUCCUUCAAACAGGAAAAGACAAGAUAACAGACAAGAAUGCAAGUCUUUAUUGGACCAUUGGUCAUUAAUUAAAUGCUAAAUCAUUCGUUUAUUAAUAAACUGAAUUAAUUCAACUAUUAGAAAGAAAGAAACAAAACAAGCGGAGACUCUUUCUCCCCGUAAGACCAAAACAAAGUUAAGUUGUUAAUUGAUUCGUCAAUGGCAAAGAAAGCGCUUUUGAUCGGAAUCACCUACCCUGGAACCGCCGUCGAGCUAGGUGGCUGCGUCAACGACGUCCGUCGGAUGCAGAAAUGCCUUAUCGACCGUUACAGAUUUUCUAACAAGGACAUAAGAGUGCUGAUCGACACGGACAAAUCCAGCGUCAAUCCCACCGGCAAGAACAUCCGCGAGGCUCUCAAGAAACUCAUCGCUGAAGGGGAGUCCGGUGAUGUUUUGGUGUUUCAUUACAGUGGACAUGGCACGAGACUCCCAACAGAGCAAGGGUUGUUCGACGCUACAAAUUAUGACGAGUGCAUCACUCCUUGCGAUCUGAAUCUGAUCAUGGACAAUGAGUUUAGAGACAUGGUGGCAGAAGUAAAAGAAGGAUGUCUCUUGACGAUAAUCUCGGCCUCUUGUCAUAGUGGUGGUCUCAUAGAGGAAGCAAAGGAACAGAUCAGGGAGAGCCACGUGAAUAAGCCUAAAUCUGGCGUCCUUAACUUCUUAGCUAGCAUUGUGAGGAGUUUUCUAACGACUUGUGGAAUCUCGAACGAUCCUCAUAGAGAGAGUGGAGGUGGCCACGAUAGUUUCACUAGAGAGACAGAGUUAGAGGACGGUGAGACGGUCGAUAUAAAAACAAGAUAUCUACCUCUAAAUAGCUAUAUAAGUCUUCUCAAGGAACAAACGGGUCAAACCGAUAUCAAUCAUGAGAAAAUCAGAGAGACACUUGUUAAAGUAUUUAGAGAAGACUCGAGUCCGAAUGUGAUGCUCUCCAAUUCAAUGAAAAGAAAUGGUCACAGAGGAUUGAUAAGUAUGUUUUUGGGAAAGCGCGAGGUUAAUGCAAAUGGUGCAAGAUCUGAAGUUAAAAGCAAGCUUCCGAACAACGGUAUUUUGUUAAGUGGAUGUCAAACGGAUCAAAGAUCAGAGGAUGUUUACGUGACAAGAACUGGAAAAGCGUAUGGAGCAUUCAGUGACGCGAUUCAGACAAUAUUGUCGGGGACGAGAAAAGAGAUAGCAAACAUGGAGAUGAUUUUGAGUAGCAAACAAGGAGAUGAUUUUGAGAGCUAGAGAGAUUCUCAAGAGACAGAAUUUUAGUCAACGGCCAGGUUUGUAUUGUCAUGACCGUCAUGUUAAUAAAUCGUUUAUCUACACACAUGGAAUUCUUUAGACACAUUUUUAUGGUAGAAUUUACUUUUGUGUGAUUUAAAAAUGUAAUUGAAAUGUUAUAUAUUUUUUAUUUGGGAUAUGAAUAAGUGUCCUGUUUGGCGAAUAGAUUUGUGAAUAUUGACUUUGUGAGUCGUGAGAUCAGAAUUGAGAUUAUAUGUAAAUGGUAGUUGUUGUAAAUAACACUGCACGUGUAAAUAGGACUGGCUCGAUCGAUUAUAUCUUAUGGUAUUGGGAGGGAUCCACGCGUUCAGUAAUUCGGUUACACUACUUUUGCGGACAUCCGAAAACUCAAAUUCAAAACCAUCAAAAACAUAUUAAAAACAUUAAAUUACUUUUGAAAGUUCAUCGAGAUAGUUUUUCUUCUAGCCAAAUAUUAUAUAGUUUCUUCGUAAUGAGCUUCUCUGCAAUGUCCUCAAUUAGUUUGGGCGGUAGAUCCCCUGAGGCUUCUGCUGCCAAAAUCAGUUCAAAGUGUCCAAAAUGUGAUCUAUGAUUUUCUGUCCCCAAAUAUUAAUAGAUGAUUUUUUUUUUUCAUUUUCUGGUUAUAUUUCAUAUUUUGUUAUCGGCUGAUCGAUAAAUUUGUGCUUUGUGAUCAUACAUAGUUUUCUGGAAUGUUUUUUUUUUUAAUUUUCCACCUUUCUUUGUUGUAAUUGAUCAAUCCGUCUAUGUGUUCUCUCGAUAGGAAUUUAUGUGCGCAUAUAAAUGAAUGUCAGAAACUCAGAUUUUUUGUUUGAGGCGUUGCUAGGCUAAUAACUGAACUUUUUUCAUUGUGUAUAGAUAUAUAGGGAAAAAUUCAGAUUACUGAUAUGUAAUCUAGUACUACAUGUUAUACACAAUGCAUGGCUGCUUGUAUUUUCUUAUUACUUUGGUUUCUUUAAUAGUUCCAUCUCAUGUGAAACUUGUGUCAAGUUGCAGUUUAAACCCAUUUCUUGUUAGUUAGAUAAACUCCCAGCAAAUCAAACCUCACCAGAACUCAAGAUAGAAGAGUACCCUAUUCUCUAGAACUCAAGAAAGCUUCAGCCAUAUCAGGAAAAGCUUCAUCAAAGUCCAGUUUAUCUCAAAAUCAGUAGGAGCAAUCUAUUGUCCACUGGUCCAUAUCUCUUCAUGAGGAAGAACUCCAACAUGGUGUUGUUUCCAGAGUGCAAAAAGGCUAAGGAACAACAUAAGAAGCGCAAUAUGCCAAGAAGAAGUGACUUGAAUCAAGCCAGAAAUGUAAUCAAGGAGUUUGAGCAUCCAUCGAUUCAAGGUCGAACCAUGUAUUCAUCUGUCAUUGGUGGUUCAAAUGAAGAAGGAACAUGGAGCCAACACUGAUGGUCCAGCAACCAUGAGUGACCUACAUUCCCUUAGCCUUUAUCUCAUCAAAGAAGGCUGGUACACACUCUCUUGACCCUAAACCUAUCAUUAUAGAUUCAGGAGCAAGCCAUCACAUGAUUAGUGAUAGGAACUUGAUUAGUGAUGUCCAGCCUGCCUCAGGGAAUGUUCAAAUAGCAAAUGGUGAUAAGAUUAAUAUAGAAGGGAUAGGGAACCUGAGGUUGUUUGAUAGGGAAUCUACUGCCUUGUAUAUGCCUCAGUUUACAUCAAACUUGCUAUCUGUGAGAAAAGCUACUGUUGAUCUGAGUUGUCAGGUUGUUUUCAGACCAGAUGAGGUUGAAUUUCAAGACUUAAAGACAGACCAAGUAAUUGGAAAGGGGCACGUUCACAAUGAACUCUAUCAUCUUCAGAAGACAGAGAUGUCUAGACCUUCCACUUCUCAGUGUUUGGCUAGUACAUCCAGCGGGCUAUGGCCGACUGAAUUUCGACGACUUCAAAUUUUUGAUUUUCGUCGGAAAUUGGUUAGUAAUCCGUCACAAACGUCCGACGACAUUGAGGUCCGUCAGAAUCUCCGUCGGAAUUCGGCGUGUUUUCUUGUAGUGAUGCAAAUUCCUAGGUUCAAUAUUCUAGU